AUGUCGCAUGCGCCCGAUGCAUCGAGUGCUGGGACUGGAGGUAGCGGCGCGGGGAGUGGGAGCGGAGAAGGUGGAGGAAUAAGAAGGCGUCAUUCCGCAUCGCACGACGAAGACGAUCUCGCACCGGCGACGCAAAGUACACAGGGCGCAAACACGGACACGCCGUAUGCGAUUUUUCCGGGUGCUAGGACCGAGGAUGGAGAUGGUGUGUCACGAUCGAGGACUUCGGCUGUGGAGAAUGCGGCGCGCCCGAGCAUUGCGCGGCUCACGACUGAGGAGUCGCCUCGCGUCCGCUUCUCGACUGAUAUCGAGCGCAAUGGCAAAGAUGAAAUCACAAGAGUUGGCAAGGGGAAUGUGGGGAAACAGAGGCCUGGGACGCCGGAUUUGACGGUCGAUACGCGCGAGGUCGAGGCAGAAGGUCGGGCUGAGGCUUCGUCGUCACGUUCACCACGGGAUGCUGCUUCAAAAUCACCGCUCUCUCCUACUUCUCGAACCCGCGGGUACUCGUUACGCAGCGCCUUGUUUCGGAGGAACGUUCACGAUACGACACAAUCGCCAGAUACACAUAUUGAACUGGAAGAGGGCGUUGGAAAACCACAGUCUAGAACAGGAGGACAGUCAGAAGGCUCCAGUGGACAUGUGGCGUCGCCCAAGAGUGGAGACGCCGUUAUAACGGUCACGUCCGAGCAUUUAGACUACGCCUCGUCAGUCUCCGAUAUCUCCAAGUCGAGGCCGGGCGAAGGACCAAUCGCACUUCCAGCCUAUGAAUCCUGGUUGAAGCGCGACAAAAGACCCAGUCGGAAGUCGAAUCUGGUCAAGCAGACAAAAGACUUUGCAGAACAAGCCCGGAAGUUCGUUUUCAGGAUCAAGGAUGUACCGCCUAGUAAAGACGGCCGCCACAUCCACCUUGAUCCCACCCGUCACGAACCUCUCACAGACGAACGCACUUCACAACACUACACCAGCAACUGGAUCCGCUCCACGCGGUAUUCUGCCUGGAACUUCAUCCCGCGACAACUCGUCGCGCAGUUUUCCAAACUAGCAAACUUUUACUUUUUAGUCAUUUCCAUUCUGCAGAUGAUACCCGGGCUGAGUACUACCGGCCAGUUUACGACGAUUGUGCCGUUGCUGUUUUUUGUUACGCUGAGUAUUGCCAAAGAGGGCUACGAUGAUUUGAGAAGGUGGAGGGCGGAUCAGGAGGAGAAUAAACGAGAAGCUAAAGUGUUGCGCGCGACUUCCGAGUCUGUUGCUGGGGCGAAACGCCGCGGGUCUACAGAUGGUGGGAGUGUGGUCUCGCCGGAGUCUGAGGGGCUAAGGUGGGAGACGAUCAAGUGGCAGGACAUCAACGUUGGCGAUAUCAUUAAACUUGAGAGAGAUGAUGCGGCGCCCGCGGACCUGGCGCUACUUCACACGAAUGGAGAGAAUAACGUGGCGUUUGUUGAGACGAUGGCGUUGGAUGGAGAGACAAAUCUGAAAAGCAAGCAAACACCCGCCUCCAUCUCCAAGACAAUUAUCGACCAGGAAGACGUCCUAAGGACUGAUGCCGAGUUCGUCGUCGAAGACCCCAACCGAGACUUGUAUAGCUUCGAGGGACGUGUCAUGGUCAACGGGAAGCAAGCGCCACUCACUCUCAGCGAAAUCAUCUUCCGAGGUAGCAUCCUGCGAAAUACACCAGAUGCGAUCGGUAUGGUCAUCUACUCUGGAGAAGAAUGUCGCAUCCGCAUGAACUCGAAUAAGAACCCUCGGAUCAAAGCGCCCGCGUUGCAAGGCCUGGUUAACCGCAUCGUCAUCCUCAUCGUAGUCUUUGUCAUCGCCCUGUCAAUCUUCAACGCCGUCGCAUAUAAGAUCUGGCAAAGGAACGAAGACGACAUGUGGUAUCUGCGUGGCUCCUCGGUUGCAUUUUUCCCCAGCUUCACUUCCUUCAUCAUCAUGUUCAACACCAUGAUUCCACUGUCUCUAUACGUCAGUUUGGAGAUUGUCAAGCUGGCGCAAAUGUUCUUCCUGCAUACCGAUAUCGACAUGUACGAUCCUGUCUCCAACACGCCGUGUGAACCGCGCACUUCGACUAUCAACGAGGAGUUGGGCCAGAUUAGCUACAUCUUCUCGGAUAAAACGGGGACGCUGACGGAUAACUCGAUGAAGUUCCGUAAACUUAGUGUGGCGGGAGUGAGUUGGUUGCAUGAUGCGGAUUUGAAGGAGGAGAACAUGAAGAAGAAGUUGAUUCAUAAGACGAGGAAGAAGGGGAAGCAGCCGGUGAAGAACAGGAAGAGCGUAAGGUCGGCCAAGGAUGUUGCUAACGACGAGCCGGUGGUUGAAACGGUCGAGCAGCUGGGGAGCCCUAGCGAAGGAGAGCCGUCGAAUUGGCGGUCGAGCGCGAAACCAGGCAAGACUUCGCGAGAGUUGCGCACACAGGAUAUGCUGAGGUAUAUCCAGAGGAAGCCGCAUACGCCAUUUUCGAAGAAAGCGCGGAUGUUCCUUCUCUCGCUGGCGUUGUGUCAUACUUGUUUGCCUGAAGUUCAGGAAGACGGUAAGACACACUUCAUGGCUUCCUCGCCAGAUGAACUUGCGCUGGUACAGGCAGCUCAAGACAUGGGGUUUCUACUGAUCAACCGCGAUGUCCACACCAUCACCCUGAAGAUCAUGCCCUCUGGGUCCGACGGUGAGCCAGUUUCAGAGGUCUACGAGAUCCUCGAUGUUAUCGAGUUCUCCAGCAAGCGAAAGCGCAUGUCGAUCAUCCUGCGCUUCCCGGAUGGCCGCAUAUGCAUCAUCUGCAAGGGUGCAGACUCCAUUGUCAUGCAGCGGUUGAAGCUCGCGACGCUUGCGAAUAAGAAGAUGAUUGAGAUUGAGCGACGUGCCAAUAUACGCAAGAGCAUGGAGGCUCAACAUGCGAUUGCGCGUAUGAGCGAACACGCUGAGCGGCGGAGUAGCGUGGCUGGUCGUAUGAGCAGCGUUGGUGGAAGGAGGAGUAUGACUCUUGGUCAGGCUGCAAGGGCUAGUCUUAACCUCGGUCGUGCAUCCUUCGCUCCCAGUGUGGGCAGAGGAGGUUCUGUAUCAGCAAGAGAUGAAAUGGAUCAAUGGCUACGCGAGCGUGAGAACGACCGCAUGGACAUGUUGUCUCUCGACGAAGACACGCCGUAUCAAACACCGCUACAGACACCCCGUCAAUCAGGCUUAGACCGCUUCAGCAUGGCCUUCUCAUCAGCACGCAGCUCGAUGCAGCUAGAAGACAUGGAGGCUAUGGUCGACGAAGGCAUUGCCGGUGACGACACCGCAGUCAUCGAACGCUGUCUCCAACACAUCAACGAAUUCGCUACAGAAGGUCUCCGAACCCUCCUCUACGGCUACCGUUUCCUCCACGAAUCCGAAUACCAAUCCUGGAAAAAGAAAUACCUGGACGCAACAACUAGCCUCGUCGACCGAACCCGUCUCAUCGAAGAAGCGGGUGAUAUGAUUGAGCAAGACCUCGAUCUAUGUGCUGCUACCGCUAUCGAAGACAAACUACAACAAGGUGUCCCUGAAGCCAUCGACAAGCUCCGUAGAGCCAAGAUAAAAAUGUGGAUGCUAACGGGCGACAAACGCGAAACCGCCAUCAACAUCGGCUACUCGUGCCGCUUGAUCAAAGAGUUCAGCACCGUAACCGUUCUCGACCAUGAAACGGGGCUCGUCGAGCAAAACAUUGCAUCAGCCAUAACCUCCAUCACCACCGGUACCGUUGCCCACUCUGUCGUAGUCGUAGACGGCCAAACCCUCUCCAAAAUCACCGACAAUGAACUUCUAGACACGAUGUUCCACGAACUGGCUAUUCUGGCCGAUAGCGUAAUAUGCUGUCGUGCGUCGCCUAGCCAAAAAGCCCAACUCGUCAAGUCGAUUCGCAAACGUGUCAAGAAAUCAAUCACCCUCGCCAUCGGCGACGGCGCAAACGACAUCGCCAUGAUACAAGAAGCGCACGUCGGCAUCGGUAUUACAGGAAAGGAAGGCCUGCAAGCAGCACGCACAUCUGAUUACUCCAUCGCGCAAUUUAGGUUCCUGGUUAAACUGCUGCUAGUACACGGACGCUGGAACUAUGUGCGGACGUGCAAGUAUACCGUGGGCACGUUUUGGAAGGAAUUGCUGUUCUAUCUUACGCAAGCCUUGUUUCAGAUGAAGGCGGGGUACACCGGUACCUCACUUUACGAAAGUUGGAGCUUGUCCAUGUUUAACACGCUGUUUACGAGCUUACCCGUUAUCUUCAUGGGCGUGUUUGAAAAGGAUCUUAGUGCGAGUACGCUGCUUGCUGUUCCCGAGUUGUAUACGAUUGGGCAGCGGAAUGGCGGGUUUAACUUUAGGGUGUAUCUCGGGUGGAUGUUCAUGGCGAGUGCGGAGGCCAUGGUGGUUUAUUAUGUCAUGUUGGGGUUGUAUGGGGAUGCGCUUUGGACCGAGGAUAACUCCAUCUUCGCUCUUGGAAGCAUCACGUAUACGGCGAGUGUGUGGUUGAUUGCGCUCAAGAUGCAGUAUGUAUUCCCUUCCUUCCUUCCCCAUUUCCUUUGCAGAGGACAUGAGCUAACCAGUUUUAUCAAUAGAUUCAUAGAAACGCACUCUAAGACCAUUACCAACGCCAUCGCUCUCGUUCUCUCAAUCGGCGGCUGGUUCCUCUGGAAUAUCAUCCUCUCUUCGCUCUACAACCCGGAGAACAAAAUCUACUACGUCCGCGACACCUUCCUGCGUGGGUUCGGUGCGAGUUGGAGCUGGUGGCUUUGCCUUGUACUUAUUCUCCUGGCUGUUCUGGUGUUUGAGCUGAGUGUUAAGAGUGGUAUGGCGGCGUGGUGGACGAGCGAUGAGCAUAUUUUUCAGGCGCUGGAGAAGGAUGCUGGGGUUAAGAGGAGGUUUGAGGAGGCAGCUGCUGGGGAGUUGCAACAGGGGUGGGAUAGGGAGAAGAGGAAGGGUGGGGAGGAGAAGAUUGAGGUUGGAGAACAGGAGAAGGAGAGGGAGGAGAGGAGGAGGGAGGUCGAGAUCAAGGAUUUGAUCAGAAAUAGGGUUGAGGAUGUUGGGACUGGACCGCAGGAUGGCGGUGAUGUUAAUAGGAUAUUGAGUCGCGGGUUCGGAGAUGUCAAGACGACGUAG